AUAUUUGUUUUAUUUAUCCUCUAUUUCUCUCCCUUAUUCUCAGUUCUCACGCUUGAACAGCAAACAAGAAUCACUUUUAACUUCAGUUCUUCUGAGGUUUCCAUCUCUGAGAACAUGGACAGUCAGAGAGGCCCUCUUCUUAGCUUGGCUUACUUCUGUCAGGGAAAGACAAUGGAGGAGCUUAGGUAUUCUCUUUUGUAUACUACUUUGGAGCUAGAACAGACUAGGAUGGCAGCUCAGGAGGAGAUGGAGAAGAGAGAUGACCAAUUAAUCCAACUCAAAGAGUUGCUAAGCAAGGCAACGAGAGAGAGAGAUGAAGCACAGGAGAAAUGCCGGAAACUUUUCCUUGAGAAGCUCCUGCUUCACCAACAGCAACAGCAGCAACAUGUUGCUCCUCUCUCCGGAGUUUCUGGCGUAGAGGAUGAACGCAAAAGAGGAAUUGACUCCAACAAUGGUUUCUCUUCCUCUGAUUGUGAGGGAAGCAUUGUUUCAUCUCCUGUUCUUGACCCAGUUCAACAACCACAACUGCCACCAGCACCACCAUCUCAAUCCAUAGAACUAGUGCCUGAUAAGCCAUUGCCUGAAAAGGGAAAGCUUUUACAGGCAGUGAUGAAAGCUGGGCCGCUCUUGCAAACCCUUCUUUUAGCUGGACCACUGCCUCAAUGGAGACACCCACCACCACCACUCGAGUCCUUUGAGAUCCCACCCGUGACACUUCCUUCACCUCCACCACCCCCGCAACUCCUCCAAGACUCCCUGACCAGCAUUAACGCCUACAAUACUCUAAACACUUGUGGUCAAAUAAACAGGAAAAGGGGUCUUUAUGAUGCAUCUGAUUCUCCUACCGAAACCAAAUGCCGACAACUAGUUCUUAAUUGACUGCCGCUACAAACAAGUCUAAAAGAGUAUUACUAAUUCCAUAAAUUUUACCAUUUUUAAACUUAUUAUAGGUUAGUCAGGGUGAACAUCAGCCUAUCAGGGAAUGGUGACUGAUCUCAGCAUUUUUGUACAGAGGGUUGUUCCGAGAAGCAAACUCUUAGGAGAGAAUCAAACAGAGCUUUGUUUCUUGGCUUUUUGCCAAUGUUUUUCGGUGAAGAUCUUUUGCCCUUGUUUUCCCUCCCUUGAUAGUUCUUCCCCCAUGAUGUGAAAGGGAGCUUUGAAUUUGAUUUCUCUUAAAAAAACUACCAGUGGCAUGUGAAAAUUUAGUACUAGUAUAACUUUAGCUUCUAUAGUCUUGACUAAAAUGUGUGCUGUGUGGGACUGUCUGAGAAUUGAUAGAAAUUAGAUGGAUUUGGAAGCACAAGGAUUGGGUGUGGUGUUGUUGAAAUGGGAAGAUGGGUAUGGCCAACAACCAGGAAGGUUUAAGAGGCUUGCUUGUCGGAUGAGUGGAUCCCACAAAAUCAGAAUCAGGAUCUGCUGCUUUUGUAAUGAUGUAUCAUCAUAUUUAUAUUUUGGUUGAGGGAAGCGUCAUUAGUGUUAUUUGUUUCUGGAAAUCAAUUUCCCUAUUCUGUUUCUAAUGCCCAUAUUAAUAUACUAAUG